CUUGACCCCCAGUUAUCUGUUGUCUGUAUACGGGCUCUUGUAGCUAAAACAUAACCUCUGGAUCGUGUGGCACAUGGACUUUAGCAUACCUUGCGAGCAGUUGCUGUCUUUCUCUGCUGUGACGGACACAGGUGUAACCUGUCGGUGACAUUUCAUGAGUGAAAUGGAUAAUGAUGCUCCUCCUUGGUUUAACCAGAGCAGACCAGCUGCUGGAAUUCCCCCAUGGAGAGGAAUGUACCCCCCUCCUUCUCUGAAUCACUACAGGACCAACAAUUAUGAAUAUUACCAACAGCAUCAUAUCCAAGGUGGCCAUCAAGCUUGGCAUGACCCGCGGAUGAACUACUACUCCCAGAAUCCUGGUAACGAGUCCAGGCCUGUAGAGACUAGGCGUCCAGCAUCAAGGGCUGAAAUUUAUGAGAAGAGUGAUAGGAGAGAGCCAUAUCGGUCUUUGUCCAGGCAGGGAUAUGAUGAAAGAUACGGGUUUUAUGAAGCUGUACAUAGAGAAAACUAUGGCAACAGAAACUAUCGUUACGAGCCUGCGGCUACCGCCUCUGCAGAAAAAGAGUGGAGCAGGGGAACACAUAACCAGCACAUGGAACACUGGAUGCAAAAUCCACCAAAUGUUUACUAUGCGGAUCAGAUUGUGGAGGCUCAGCAAAAUAAAAUAGCUCAAGACCGGGUUCAGGGAUAUGUCGACAACAAUAAUUGGCACUCCGGACGCUGCAGUUCUGCAAUAGCAAAAAUAGAGCCGUCUUUCAGCUCAACUGAACCCAGUAUGCUUUCUCAGUACCGUGAUUCUGGUAUGUCAUCUAGUAGUUAUGAGUUGAGUCAGUACAUGCAUGAUCCGGCAGAUGUCAUUGGCUCCUGGAAUUCAUUACAGGAUGAGACUCUGGAAUGCACACCUCAGCCUACAGCUCCAAUGAAGUUUUCUCUCCCACAUGUAACGGUGUGUUUUGGUGCUCGGGGACAGCUGGUUAGAGUGUGUCCCAAUUUCCCAGAUGAAGGUCAGCCUGCACUUGUGGAGAUACACAGCAUGGAGGUUUUACUCAGUGACACUGCAGAACAAGAGGAGAUGGGGAACUUUCCAGGACCCGUACAGAGGGAGGAUUUACAUAAAGUCGAUGUGAUGAACUAUUGCCAGCAGAAUGCCAGCCAAUGCUUGCGCUCAGGGGGCCAGAGGAGCCGCGACGACGCUCUGCUCUGGCAGGUGCUGCUGCAGAUGUGUCGGCAAAAUGGGUGUAUUACUGGGACAGAUGUGGCAGAGCUAUUACUACAAGGCUGUAAGCGGGAAAGGUAUCAGAAUGUUCAAACGGACAGUGACCUCAUCUCUCUUACUGAGGAUCUACCUCUCAUACCUGAUGGCACUCAGGUAGACCUUCUGACUGGGGAGGCCCCAUCUGCUACCGAAAAUUCGGCUCGGGCUGUGGAGAAGUUCACAAAGUUGUUGUUCUUUGGCCGCAAAAAAGAGGCUCUAGAUUGGGCAAUGAAGAGUCAGCUUUGGGGUCAUGCACUCUUCCUGUCAAGUAAGAUGGAUUCUCGGACAUACAGUUCGGUAAUGGCAAGGUUUACUAGCACUUUGGCUCUCAAUGACCCUUUGCAGACACUUUUCCAGCUUAUGGCCGGGAGAAUACCACAAGCAGCGUCAUGGAAUGGAGAUUCAAACUGGGGAGACUGGCGACCUCACUUGGCUAUAAUGCUGUCCAAUCAGAUGGGAGAACCCGAGGUGAACAAGCGUGCUAUUGUUACCAUGGGAGACCAUUUAGUUCUCAAAGGCUUCACAGAGGCUGGACACUGCUGCUACCUGACAGCUGGCAUCCCUCUUGGCCAGUUCUAUGAGAAGUCAGACCGUCUGGUUUUGUUGGGCAGCAAUCAAAACCAAACGUUUAGGAAGUUUGCCAGCACAGCCAACAUCCAGCGUACUGAGAUCCUGGAAUACUGCCAAAGUUUGGGAAAACCCAGCCGCUUUGUUCCUUCUUUCCAGGUGUAUAAAUUCCUGUAUGCCACUCGGCUGCUGGAUUAUGGCUUGACAUCCCUAGCCCUUCAUUACUGUGAAUGCAUUGCCUAUGCCCUCCUCUCCUCCGACUCAGGAUCUUCAGUGCUGAUAUCAGAGUUAAUCAAGCUUGCAGGACGUUUGAGAUAUUCAGAUCCUCAGAUUCUAGAGCGGCCUGAGACAGAACAGAACCAGGAACCAUUGUGGCUUGUCCAGCUACAUGCUUUACUUCUACAAUUCCAGACAAGUAAUGGAACCGGUAGAAUAAGCCCUGUUACCUGCAACGAUCAAGCGAACAAAACAGAAGCUGCUCAACAGAACAAACCAGUAGAGGUUUCAGAUUUGCCCUCCUCAGGAGAAGGUUUGCACAAAUGUCUCGAGGAUGAAACAGGGCAUAGCCUUCAAAAGGCAGCAGAGGAGCAGGACUACAUUGGCAGCUGGGUACCCCGUGACACACACCUGCCAGUAGUAGAUGCACAGAGUGGAUAUAAUUAUGCGUGGAGCUCAAAGCAGAAUACGCUCAGCGCUGAACUAGCUCCUGAUUACAACACCCCUGAAGAGCCACAUGCGCAAGAGACAUUGGAGGAGUUUUCAGAGUCGCCCACACACAGCAGUAACAAUGCUCUCAUAAUGCAGGAUGCACUUAUGUUCAGGAGAGUAAGCACAGUAUCUGAGGCAUCCACAAUCUCUGUUGAAGAUGACAACGGCGAGGAAAGAUCUAAUGAUGAAGCUCUGGAGCAGAAACCCGAAGAAAAAAAGGGCUCUACAUUUGGAUGGUUUAGCUGGUUUCGUUCCGGGCCGACCAAAGAGAUUCAAGUUCCACCAAGGAAUCCACAAACUACAAAUUCUUCAUAUCAGGCUGAUUCUCCACCAAGAGAUGGCAACACAUUUCCUCCUCCAACUUCUGGUUACUUGCCUCAAGACAACCCAAUGAAUCCUUCCUCCCAAGGAAAGAAAGAAAGUGAAGAUCGGCAGAAGAUCAAUAGCGGUUCAGUAUUACCAGAUAUCCGGGGUCAGCAGGAAAACAUGGGGAUUUAUCCAAAUGCGUCUGUCACUGGGAGUCACAUGAGCCAGCUGCCUGGAGCUGUUCCCCUCUACAAUCCUUCACAGUUCUUGCAGAACAAAAGCCAAGGUUCAAAUCUGCCAAGCCGUCUUCAACGAGUGCGAUACUCACUACCACCCAGAUGA